AUGUUUCAAACGAACUUUCAAGGACCGUUAUUCACCGCGUUCCAUAGCGGCGGCAGCCAUCCGCUGGAUAAUUGGUUAGUUCAGUGCAAAGAAGGAGAAAUGAAACAGGUCCUAGACGACGUGGUGAAGUCCAACGUGCUCCAGAUCCAGUCGUUAAACGUCAACGCCUGUUGUAUAACCUGUCCGGUGGAUCCCAAAGGGUCGCUGGGUGUUCGAAUGCCGUACCUCACGUUGCUGCUGAAAAAUCUCGGUCAAUAUUUUACGUUCGAAAUCACGAUUUUGGACAGCGAAAAGAUUCGCCGGCGCGUGCGCCUGAGCAACUACCAUUCGGUCUCAAAGACCAGUACGUUCAUGGUCACGAAGCCGAUGUGCAUGGACGAGGGUUGGAACCGAGUGGGCCUGAAAUUGGCUGAGAUCGUAAGCGACGCGUUCAAGACGACCUACGUGGAGACGGUCCGCAUCCAAGUGCACGCCAACUGUCGGCUGAGGAGGAUAUAUUUCAGUAGCCAAGAGUACAAGGAGGAUCAGCUGCCGAACGCGUACAGGAUGUACAAGAUCGCAGUGGUGCGGGAAAAACCGAAGAGAUUGCCGAAGAAAAUUGCUGGACCCGUUGACAAAAAGUCGACGGCUGUCGUAGAGCAGACUAAAAGCUAA